CGUGCGCGAGGUAGGGUGUGUCGUUGCGCGUCGCGUAUAAACGUACGUGGUUGCACCAACUUCAGCUCCAUUUCGCACCGCGUCCGUCUCGUUCUCCUUCGUCCUGCGGUUUCCGCGUUUGUUUUCCCUCGUAUCGCGGAUUCGCGAGAGCACGUGCGUUUUCAGCCACGCGCGGAAGAGGUGCGCGUGUUAUCCCAUUCAUCGAGACGGCGGCGGAAGUGCGCGUGUCGAGCCAAAGCCGCCGGAUCGAAAUAAAUCGGCCGAAUACGUCAAAGCGCAUUGCGUGAGUGUGUGACGGCGUGCGCACACAAUUUUUGUGCGCACGUGACAGGGAGUUGGGGUGGGGUAGUGGAUCUUGUCACCUUUUUUCGGAACGAAGAAUUGCGAAAGUUUUGGCCGGUCCCGCUGGCGGGAAGAAAUGUAUCGCCAGAUGUUCUUCACAUGUCAAGUGCAAUAUCUCAACGACGUCGAUCCAUUCAGUUAUCCAACCCUUUAUCCAGUUAAUCCUCCCGAUCACACCUUCAGCGCGACCUUGCCGCUAAUCAACCAGCUCGCUGCCGUGCAUCGGCUUCUUCAGGCGCCACACAGGCUCGACGACACGGCGCUCCAGCUGUACAAGGGCGGAGAUUAUGGCGCUUAUCUGGACCUCGAGGCCUCCAUCAACGAGCAGCAGGAGGAGUUCGAGGGCUUCUACGAAGGUGAGAGCCGGAAGAACGCGAUCAUUCUCAGGACCCAGCUGUCGGUGAGGGUUCACACUAUCAUAGAAAAAUUGCUGAACAGCGAGGGCCGCGAGCUGCGACGGGCUCUCUUCUCCCUCAAGCAGAUUUUUCAGGAGGACAAGGAUCUCGUGCACGAAUUCGUGCAAAAUGACGGACUUGCCUGUCUUAUCAAAGUCAGCAGCGAAGCCGACCAAAAUUACCAAAAUUACAUUUUACGAGCACUCGGCCAGGUGAUGCUGUACGUCGACGGCAUGAACGGGGUGAUGGAACAUGGACAGACGGUGGAAUGGCUGUAUACGUUAAUUGCAAGUCGUUUUCGGCUGGUGGUGAAGACGGCGCUUAAGCUGCUGCUCGUGUUUGUGGAGUACGUGGAAACAAAUAGUCUGCUGUUGGUCAGAGCUGUCAGAACGGUGGAUCAGGCCAGAGGCGUCGUACCGUGGAUUAACGUGAUGAAACUUCUGAAGGAUUACGAUGCCGCCGAUACGGAGCUGCUCAUAUACGCGACGACGUUGAUCAACAAGUGCUUGAACGGCAUUCCCGAUCAGGACACUUAUUACGAUCAAGUCGACUGUCUCGAAGAGCAAGGUAUGGAGGGCGUCAUCCAGAGGUACAUGUCGAAGCAGGGCACGGAUCUCGAUUUGCUCAGGCAGUUUCAGAUCUACGAGGCGGUGCUGCAUCACGAAGACGGCGACAGAGGAUCGCCGAUACGCCAAUUAGAUGAUAAUAUAAGAAAAACUUUACGAAACCGCAAGUCUUUAGUGGAUUCUCACGAACGACGAAAAUCUCGGAGACAUUCGACAGGUAAUUCGCCCUUGUCGAUGUCUUUGAAUGCACGUCUAAGUCCACGUCUAAAUCAUACUCUGGGCAUGAGCUCACUGAACAACACCUUGAAUUCGAACUUACCAGAUGAUGACGACGAAUCAAGUAGCUCUCAAAGUUCCCAGGGUCAUCUGGGUGAAGUUCAGCUCAACGGCAGUUAUAAAGAAAAUAAAGUGGAUGUUGGUGUUACACCAGCUCUGAGACGGCGAAGAGAACGUGCGGAGAGACAGAGGAGCUUUAUUAGAGAGCAACAAGAGGCUACUGCAAACAUGAGAGCUUCGCUUGGUCACACCGAUGAUCAGGAAAGUCAAUUCGCAUCGAAUAGUCUGCGAUACACGAACGGCACUUCUUACGAGAGGAACGCUGAUUCUCCUUCGAACAAGUUGUCUAGAACGAACAGCAGGAAGGACUUGACGCCCUUGAUGAAUGCAGCGAACAAGCUCGACUCGGAGGAGAAGAAACCGUGGUACGGCAAAAGUCCCAACGAAGGUGUCGAGUACGAAGAAAGUAAUCACACUGACGAAGAUGGGGAUCGUCGAGUGGUUCUGCAGCUUAAGAGGGAAGGUACCGUCAAGGAUCUUACGCAGAAGUUGGCGGCACAGAAUCUUAUACCUAGCAGUCCUGUGGAGGAGAAAGUUUCCAGAAUAGGAGACAUGAGCGGGCUGAUAUCGAAGGCGAAGGAGGGCCUGGCGAAGUCCAAAUCCAAAGCAGACGUAUUGAAGUCGCCUACCGGCGACAAUCUGCCGAAGCUGCAGGAGACGAAGAAAUCGGAGAACGAGCUGCACUGGGAGGAGCUGGUGAAGAAGCUGAAGAGACCGCUCGCGCUCUGCGACCUGGACUUCACCGAUCUGAAUUCCGAGGACGAGAUCGACGUUCUGGGAUCCGCUAACGUGACAAAUGGGGUGCCACCUCCGCCGCCGCCGAUGGCGCCGCCGGCCGGUGACAUUUUGACACCUCCGCCCAUGCCGUUGAGCGCGAGACUGCCGCCUCCGCUGCCUCAGGCUCCGCUGCUGCCCUUCAGCCUGAAGGUCUCGAGGCCGCCGGCCAGCGAGGCGCCGAAGAGCCCGCCGUCGUUGCUCGCGAAGAAGAGCAAGAAGACCGUGAAGCUGUUCUGGAAGGAGGUGCGGCACGACCCCAAUAUCCUUGCGCGGCUCGACAAGCACAAGAUGAUCUGGGACGAGCUGUCACCCGUGACCGUCGACACGCAGAAGCUCGAGCAUCUCUUCGAGAGUCGCGCCAAGGACCUCAUCACCAAGAAGCAGCAAGAAAUGAACAAGAACAAGGAGAUUAUCGUGCUGAAUCAUAAAAGAUCUAAUGCCAUCAACAUAGGUAUGACAAAGUUGCCGCCACCAAGAUCCAUUAAAACUGCGAUCUUAAAAAUGGAUGCUACGAUCAUGAAUAGGGAAGGUAUCGAGAAACUUUUGACGAUGCUGCCUACCAAGGAAGAAAAAUCCAGGAUACAAGAAGCGCAGGCCGCAAAUCCUGAUCUUCCUUUAGGAUCGGCCGAGCAGUUCCUUCUGACUUUGACCUCCAUCUCGGAAUUGCCAGCAAGGCUGAAGCUCUGGGCGUUCAAGCUAGAUUUUGAAAAUUCUGAGAAAGAAAUCGCGGACCCUUUGAUGGAUCUGAAGCAGGGUAUGGAGACUCUGCGAGUGAAUAAAACGUUCCGUGGGAUUCUGAGCACGCUCCUUUCGAUCGGGAUAUUUCUCAACGGAAAUGAGGUGAAGGGCUUUCAACUAGAAUACCUCGUCAAAGUACCUGAAGUGAAGGAUACGGUUCACAAGCAUUCGCUGCUUCAUCAUCUCUGCCACAUGGUGAUGGAGAAGUUCCCGGAUUCUACGGACCUUUAUUCCGAGAUUGGCGCGGUAACGAGGGCCUCGAAAAUCGAUUUCGACGAGCUGGCGGCGAACAUCGCGAAACUCGAGAGCGAGUGUAAAGCGUCUUGGGACCAUCUCAAGCUCAUUGCGAAGCACGAUGGUUCCACAAUGAUGAAGGUCAAGAUGUCUGAUUUCCUUGCCGAUUGCGCUGAGAGGAUAAUCGUCUUAAACAUCGUUCACAGACGUAUUAUAUAUCGUUUCCGCAAAUUCAUUCUAUGGCUCGGUAUACCAUUGCAUAGAAUACAAGACACGAAACCGAACGAGUUCUGCAGGAUUGUAUCCGAAUUUGCUCUGGAGUACAGGACCACCAGGGAACGAGUGAUACAGCAGCUUGAGAAGAAAGCCAAUCAUCGGGAACGCAAUAAGACCAGAGGAAAAAUGAUAACGGAGGUCGGCAAGUUUCGUACAAAAGAGGAUCGAGCGGAUGCGGAACUCAGACAACUACUUGGCAGUGACAUUUCAGAUGUCGAGAGUAUCCACGGUACUUUACCAUGGCGAAGACAAAGGAAAGACGGACGUAUAAUUCCACUGGGUCCAGUAUUGAGGGACGAAAGCACCAACGGCAACUUGGCUGAUGGCGUUGACGAACUGUUGGAGUCUCUGGUGAAAACUGCGACGAAGACACCAGCCACGAGGACGACGCCACGCGAGCGCAAGAGGACCAGACACGCCGAUCGUAAGUCUUUGCGUAGAACGCUAAAGAACGGUCUCUCGGAAGAGGAGAAAAAGCACAUCGCCGCCUACAUCAAGGGCUACUGACUGUGAUAAUACUCGAAGACCACGACAUGCUCUUACGGAACGUGACGUGAGAGGGUGAGAGCGAAAACGGAAGCUCGGUGAAAACAUCGCGAACUCGGCUGCGGGAUCCUGUCCGCUGUUAUCAUCAGGAUGCUCCGAAGUCGAACAGCACGACUCUCCGUGACAUGUCGUCGAGUUUGACACCCGCGUGCAUUUCGCGUGUAUGCACCUGUCGUUCGAUUUAUACCAAGAUGGAAUAAUAAGUAAUAGAGGAGAAAUGAAAGAAAGAAAAAUGAGCGCGUCUUGUUUCGCGAAUUAGGCAAAUAUUAAUCGGUGAUUUAGACUUAAGAAUGAUGAUCGGGUUCCUCUUAACGCAUAGAGACUCUGCAAGAAUUUCUUCAUUUUUUCUGUUAGAUGUAUCCUAUUUACGUCUCCUUUAUGGAGAAAUUUAUUUGUUUCCCGAAAUUCUCUUUGUUCCGCGUAAAAACUUGGGAAAACUUCGACGGCGAUUUCGCAGGAUUUUCUCUACGUCGUCUGAUCCUUUUCUUGUUGAAAGCUACACGCGCGUUGCUUAUAUAUUAUAUAUUUUAGAUAUUAUACUCUGUCGGAGGUGAUAGAAACGAGUGAAUAAGAGAACGAGGUGCUGGGUUGUUCGCUGGUCGCCUGAUAUAAUCGAUAGACUUGCAUUCGAUUCCGGCCUUAUCACUUCGUAUAAAAAUAGAUUGUAAGAAAUUUCAUGGGAAAUAUCACUCCUUGAACAAAGAAUGAAGAAAAAAUAAUUUUAUUUUUGUGCGUAUGAGAAAGCGUAGUAUGGUUGCAUCUAAUAAAAAGCAUUUUUAAUAAACGAAUGCUUGCAAACGAUUUAAGCGUUGCAUCUGGCUAUGCAACAAAUUAUUAUUCCCGUUAAAUGCGGACACUUGCCAUAGAAAGAGCUUAAAAAAUUGCUUUAAGGUAAGUUCAAGUACAUAUAUAUAUCGAUAUGAAUAAAAAUGUAUUUUAUAAGAGCGCUUUUUGAACUUGCCGAUUCAGAUCAAUUUGACGAAUUUAAGCAUGAUAUGCGUAGAUUUACAUUAGCUGUCGUGAUAAUAUUUCCGUAUACACUAGUACUAAAAUUCUUUUUCUGAGAUUAAAGAAAUGGAAUCAUUCUAAAUAAGAGAUUUAGGCGCUAAACGAAAUAUCUGGAAUUAAUAUUGUUAGCGAAAUGUGAAGAGUGAAUUGCCUAGAUCUUUUUCUAAGAAGUAAUUCUAUGAAAUAUCAAGGGCUCUCCUUGAAAUAAAUCGCGGACAACAACUCAGCAUCACAAUUGUCAGAUUCAUCUAUCACUUCCAAUUCGAUACUCACGGAGCUGAGGUGCGUCUUAUUCGCGCGACAACUAAGAUAUCAUUGUAGUUGAAGAAUUACUCGAAUCGCGGACGACAGGGUCGACUUGACAAUCAUAUAUGUAUAUAAGACCACGUGCCUCCAAGUUUUAUGAUCGAUCGAUUUUUAAGACCGACUCCAUUCGAAUAUAAUCAACGUUCUUAUUCAUGUCGAUCCGUUUACAACGAGAGAACAAAAACUGCUAUUUUGCGAAAUAAUUAUAUUAUUCUAGAAUGAUUCCUGUCGAAUAGCGAACAUACCGAUACAUAUAUGCCGGAAAACGUAAAAUUCUAGCAGCAUGACUCGCCUAGCAACUUAUCGUUAGAUAUCUUAAUCAUCAUUUUAUUAUUGCGUUUCGUAGAAGCGCAUAAUCGCAAUCAUUGUAAUCUUUCUGUGGAAAUAAAUCUUGAAAUAAAAUGUGAAAUCAUUAUAAAUGGA